AUGGAGGCGCCCAAGCUGGAGCUGCCGGAUUUCGGGGUCGGCGCCUGGGCCUGGGGCGACAAGCUCUUUUGGGGCUACGACGAGAAGCAGGACCAGGACAUCCGCGCAGGUUUCGACGCCUGCGUCACCGGGGGCGUCAGACUCUUUGACACGGCAGAGCUUUAUGGCCCCGGCCGAAGCGAGGAGCUCCUGGGCCAGUUCCUGCGGGAGUCAGGUGCCAAGGAUGUACAGGUGGCGACCAAGUUCGCGGCCUUUCCCUGGAAGUUGGAUCGGCAGGACGUCGUGAAGGCGUGCAAGGGCUCGCUGGAGCGCUUGGGCACGGACUCCAUCGAUCUCUACCAGAUCCAUUUCCCUUCGGUGUGGAAGAAUGAGGUCUUCUGGGACGGCCUUGGGGAUUGCUUUGAGCAGGGCCUCGUGAAAGCCGUGGGCGUCUCCAACUACGGCAGCGCGGCGGUGCGCGCCAUCAGCAAGACGUUGGGAGAGCGAGGCAUCCCGCUGAGCUCCAACCAGAUCCAAUACUCUUUGCUCUACCGCUACCCGGAGCUGAACGGCAUGAAGGCCACCUGUGACGAGCUGGGCGUGAAGAUCUUGGCCUACAGCCCUUUGGCGCUAGGCGCCCUCACGGGGAAGUGGACCUCCGAGUCCCCGCCCAAGGGGCCCCGGGCGGCCUUGGCCGAGAAGUUGUUGAAAGACUCCAAUUGGUCCACGCUGUUGGCGGCCAUGAAGGAUGUGGCCAGUCAGCAUGGGGACAAGACCACCCUCUCCCAGGUGGCUAUUGCCUGGACCAUGGCCAAGGGGACCAUUCCCAUCCCCGGGGUCCGCAACGUGCGGCAGGCAGAGGACAACUUGGGCGCCAGAAGGCUGAAGCUCUCGGCGAACGAGCUGCAAGCCCUGGACGCGGCGGCCGCCAAGGUCACUGGCUUCCUCGCCCCCGACGCGAGCCCCUUCAAGUCUUUGAGCCAGUCCUUGGACACCAAGCAGGCCAUGUACGAGGCAUAG